AUGUUUUGCCAGAAAUGCCGCGGCCCUCUGAAGCUCGACGGCUCUCUGGAGGACCUCAAUCCGGCCGCCUAUGAUCUCCUCGUGGCGACACACUCACAGCAACCACCCAAGAAACCCCCAGCCGCAUCGCGAACUCUACACUCCCAGGACAGGGCGCGCAAGUCCACCUAUGAGAAGGCUGUUCGACAGGCCGGUCAACCCAUGUUCAAGAGACAUGGAGGGCCCCCACGAGCAAGCGACAGUUCCAUGUCAUUCAUCUUCCUGACUGAGUCUCAGAUCACACCACACAGAAGCCAACAACCACAGCAACAAGAUGCUUCCUCGGCGCAACCGGCGAAUGGAGGAAAUGAUGGGCCGCCAGACGACGACAAGUCUUAUGAGAUGGAGCGCAUCGCCAAACUGUUCGAGAUCCUGUCAGCGCGAUCCGAUAUAGACCACCCAGUGUGCGUCGAGUGCACCGAGCUUUUAUUGGAGGAAUUACAGAAAAGACUCGAGACGACAAACCGUGAGCGGGACGCGUAUGUCGCUUGCCUCAAAGAGAUACAGGCCAGCGCACCCACAGACGACGAGAUCCGAGCCCAGGACGAAGCCCUCCGGAGGGCCAGCCAAGCCGUGGCCGAGCGCCGCAGAGAAAUCGAGCAGCUAGAGGAGGAAAGGACCAAACUAGAUCUCGAGCUCCUUGCACUCGAAGAAGAGGCCGAGAAGGUUGACGCUCAAGAAGACGUCUUUUGGAGGGAACGCAACGCCUUCGCCUCUCGACUAGCCCAUUUUCAAGACGAACGCGACAGCAUUAACAGCACCUUUGACCACGAUUCCCGCCAGCUCGAGAAGCUCCAACGCAGCAACGUAUACAACGACACAUUCUGCAUCAGCCACGACGGAACCUUUGCCACCAUCAACGGCCUCCGCCUAGGCCGCUUGCACGCCCGCCCGGUCGACUGGCCCGAGAUCAACGCCGCCUGGGGCCACGCCCUUUUGCUCAUCGUGACAGUCGCCGAGAAGCUCAACUACCACUUUGACGGCUACGAGCCCCAGCCCAUGGGGUCUUGCUCCCGAAUCAUCAAGUUGGAAUACCAAUCCCCCUCCUCGAGCCGGUACGGCUCGGCCAGGAGCGCCCCUCCACCCGCGCCGAAGCGUCAUGUUUUGGAGCUGUUCUCUAGCGGGGACAUGCCCUUUGGCAUCACAAUCAUGCAUAGGAAGUUUGACCAGGCGAUGGUGGCGUUUCUGGAGCUGGUGAGGCAGCUGGGCGACUUUGUGCAGAAGCAGACGGCGAGGGAGGGGACGCCGCUCGCGCUGCCGUACAGGAUCGAGGGGGACAAGAUUAUGGAUGUGAGUAUCAAGCUGGGGAUUGCGCAGGAUGAUGGGUGGACAAAGGCUUGCAAGUUGACGUUGACGUGCUGCAAGUUUUUGUUGGCGCAUGCGAGUAAUGUGAAUUCGAUGAGUAACGGGAGGGGGGCGGGGGGUGGAUGA